AUGGCCACUUUUUCGUCGACGCCCAUCAUCAUAGAUGGCAAGGGCCAUCUUUUGGGUCGGUUGGCGUCGAUUAUUUCCAAGCAGAUUCUCUCUGGCCAGAAGAUUGUCGUCGUUCGUUGCGAAGAAAUCAACAUCUCCGGUAGCUUCUUCAGGAACAAGCUUCGAUACCACAAUUUCCUCCACAAACGCCAUAUCGUCAACCCCAAAAAGUCCGGCCCUUUCCAUCAUCGCGCACCGUCCAAAAUCCUUUACCGAGCCAUUCGCGGCAUGACCCCCCACAAGAGCGCGCGCGGAGCAGCUGCUCUCGAGCGUUUGAAGGUCUUUGAGGGUGUCCCACCACCAUACGACAGGAAGAAGAGAAUGGUUGUCCCUGAAGCCCUCCGUGUCCUCAGAUUGAAGCCUGGCCGCAAAUACUGCACUGUUAAGCGGCUGUCUCAUGAAGUUGGCUGGGGUUACAAGGAUGUCGUUGACCGUCUCGAGGAGAAGAGGAAGAUCAAGGCCCAGGCUUUCCAUGAGCGCAAGCUUGCCGCCGCCAAAUUGCGCCAAAAGGCCGUAUCUGAUAAUGCAUCGUCGUUCGAGAAGCUCACACAGCUCGGUUACUAG